AUGAGCCGUGUCUUGUGUGCACCCGCGGCCGGGGCCGCCCGGUCGCUCAGGCUCGUGCGCUGGGGCUCGCAAAGCCUGCACUCGCAGUCCAGUGGCCGGGCUCGGGCCCAGCCUGUGGCCGAGGGGGAGGAAGAGGACCUUUCCCGGCCCAUUCAGUUUUCUUCCAGCAGAGCCUACCCGUCCCACUGGUUGGUGGCGCAUUCCCUGGGAAGCGUGCAGCAGCGACCCUGGUGGAAGGUGUUGCCCCUGAGCCUCACCGUCCUGGCUCUGAUCGUCUGGUGCUUCCUGCGGCGGGAGAGUCGCACGGAUGAAUGUUUGAAGGACAUGCUGGAAGAGGAGGCGGAGCCCAGUGACCACUCCGAGGAGCCUGGAGCCGGCAGCGGGGCGAGAACUUAA